GGACCGCCUGCCAUGCAGGCUAUCGUUCUGGCAACCCAAACAUUCGACAUUGUCAAUAUUAUGCCAAACAAGGUCAGCGGCGUCAAAGUAAAAAUAACAUCCGGCCAGUGAACACCUCUGAUAAUGCUAAAAAGGAUGAUAAAAUCCGCUUGUGUGUUGACACGCGGGCUGCAAACAGUCGAACAGACGAACACAGCAAUAAAACUAGUCUGUCACCCUAAUCCCUAUUCCCACAGUGCGAGACAUUUCGCUUGACUUAAACGCAGCAAAAUAUUUUUCAAAAUUAGACAUGUCUCAAGCGUAUCAUGAACUUGAGUUGUCAACAACAUCGAGACACAUUACCACAUUCAUAACCCAUGCAGGAUUGUAUCGGUUUAAACGUCUAAAUCAUGGCACCAAUUCAGCGGCUGAAAUCUUCCAAAAUAUCCUGCAGCAAAUUUUACAUGGACUUGAUGGGGUACGUAGCAUUGCAGAUGAUAUUCUUGUCUUUGGCUCGACGUAUGAAGAACACAACAGAGCUCUUCCAGAAUGCUUACAACGUUUGGAAAACUCAUAGGCUAACCCCAAAUCUGGGCAAGUGCAAGUUUCUGAAACACAAUUUGGAAUUCUUUGGUUUGCUCUUCUCCCAAGAGGGGGUACGUUCUGAUCCUAAGAAAAUCUCAGCAUUUACCAACAUCACCACACCAACUACAGCAAGUGAAGUGCGAAGUCUCUUACGCAUGGCUAACUACAGUGCCCAGUUUAACACAACAUGAAUAUUCUUAUUACUUAACUGUGGAUCCUUGCUCUCUCUGGAACAAAUUGUUAUCUUUCCCUGCAAGUCAUCGUCCUGCCUUUCAUGAAAUUGGUUACAGAGAAAUUAUGAUUAAACUAGUGGAUGAUGAUUUUCCAUUUCAGUACUAUGUAAAAGGACUGUUAUGCAGUUCUAUGGAUGAGAAGAAGCAUCCACAAUGUUGGUAAUGAAUGCUGUUUUUGAGGUGGAAGAAUAUGUAAUAAUAUUAGUGUAAUAUGAUUGUUGUCUUUUAUCUUGAAGGAAGUAUUGGUUAUAGGUAUCACAAAACAUGGAACAAUGCAUUAAUACGCAGAAUAGCCAAAAGCGAAGUCAUAAUAUUAAUACCAUAAUAACUUAAUUAUCUGAUGGCAAUCAUAGAUGGAUUUUCUGGGGGGUGCAGGCGGUGUGCACUCCCAAAAAUAUUUUCACCACCUCAGAAAGUUUUCCCACCCCACCUAGAGAAAUUUUCACCCACCCCAGAAAUUUAACUUCUGGUUUGAUUAAAUGAUAGCAUGCAGUAUGAUUGAACAAGAAUUUUGAACUAAAUAAGACUUAAAAACAAGGCCAAAAAUAUCUUUUUCCUGAGGGUCUUUGCCCCUUAGUCGCGGUAAAUGUGAACGAUAAUGCCCAGAAGCGAGCAUUGUUACUUUAUCAAGCCGAUGAGACAACACAGGAAAUCUUCAAUACACUUUCAGAGACAGGAGAGGACAAUGAUUACAAGACUGCAAUUGAGAGAUUGGACGGAUAUUUUUCCCCGAAGAAAAAUGUGGAUUACGAGAUAUUUCAAUUCCGUCAAGCAAAGCAAAACGCCGAUGAACCAACAGACCAAUUUGCAACAUGACUUCGCAAACUAGCAGCUCACUGUGAAUUCCACGGUGUUGGCCACGAAAUAAAAUCGGCUAUUAUUCAAAAUUGUCGAUCUAAACAUCUCAGGCGGUAUGCCUUACGGCAAGGUAAAGUGACUCUCACCGAGUUGUUAUCGAAAGCUAGAACAUUGGAAAAUAGCGAACAGCAAGCCAAGGGCAUUGAAGAACGUUUAGCAUCGACGAAUAUUCAAGACGAAGAAGCAAAUUUUGUAAAUCCCCCAAGAUCGAAUGAAUAACAGCGACGACAACAGUGUCGCAAUUGUGGAUUAUCUUGGCCUCAUCGUGACGCACCUUGCCCUGCUAAAGGACAAACAUGUCGAAAAUGUAAUAAACAAAAUAAUUACGCCUGAGUUUGUCGCAGCAGCGUACCAUCGACAAGGAAUCCUAUUAAUACAAGAUCUAGACCUAUCUGCCCAGACAACAAUCAACUAAAUAUUCAACAGGUUAGAUAUCAGGAAGACCACUAUUCGAAUAGCCCUAGUAGCAGCAGCGAUGAUGAGCAUUUAUAUACAUGUGUCGACUCUAUAAAAUCAACAAAAAUGCCUUCAACCAAAGUACAAAUAAACAAUGUACAUGUCAGAAUGAUCAUAGACACUGGGGCAUCAAUUAACAUUGUUAACGAAAAUACUUUCGCCCUUAUCAACAAAUACAAACGUAUCUCAUUAAAGCGAACACGUACUAAACUCUUUGCGUAUGGUUCCAAACAACAAUUACCAGUGAUUGGGAAAUUCGAAGCCACAAUCGAGACAAAAAACGAAUGACUGCCUCUACUAUUCAUGUAGUAAGAGGCAAUUAUGGUUCACUGUUAAGUUAUCAAACGGCGACAGAACUAAACCUUCUAAAAGUAAACGUCAACAAUGUCAAAGUCACCGGUAAUGACAAAAUUGAACAAUGUCAAGACUCACUAAAAGAUAAAAUGGACAAAAAAUUUCCCCAUUUGCAAUUGAGGCAAAGUUGCAUAUUGAUUCUUCUGUACCCCCUGUAGCACAACCAGCACGUCGAAUUUCAUUUGCGAAGAAAAGUUUCUGCUGCUCUUAAACAACUGGAAAAGGAUGACAUAAUCGAGAAAGUUGAGGGGCCCACACCAUGGAUUUCGCCUCUUAUUGUUAUUCCCAAAAAUGAAGGAACUGUGCGCCUUUACGUUGAUAUGAGGAGUGCAAACUGUGCUAUCCAGAGAGAGCGACACCCAUGUCCCACAGUUGAUGAUCUUAUACAUGCAAUGAAUUGUGCUAAGGUAUUCUCUAAACUUGACUUGCGUUCGGGAUAUCAUCAGUUGUUGUUAGCAGAGGAAAGCAGAUAUAUUACCAUCUUUGUCACACAAAAAGGAUUAUACGUAGAUAUAAAAGGCUUAAUUUUGGAACUAAUUCAGCUAGUGAACUAUUCCAGAAAGUUAUCCACGAUCAAAUUCAUGACAUACCUGGUGCUAUCGAUAUAAGUGAUGAUGUCAUAAUCUAUGGGAAAUCUCAUCAAGAACAUGAUACCACUCUUCACAAAUCACAAUGUUUGUCAGCGGCUUCGCCAAAAUUGGUCUAA